UUUGAGGAAAGUGAGGAAAAAGAUAAUGACCUCGGGGACAAAGGUCAUGAGAGGUCUAGCUCGUAUCAUGGUAGUAGUCAAUAUGUGGUAUUUUAUGUAAGGGAAAUAGAGCUGGGACUGUAA